AUGAAAUACACUAAACAAGAAUGGUACACGCCGGCCGAGGUAGCCGUUCACAAUAAGGCGACAGACUGUUGGGUUUCCAUCAACGGAAAGGUCUUGGACUUAACUUCCUGGUUGCAGGAUGAGUUCAGAGUCUGCAAGUGCAUUAAGGCAUGCUCGUGUAAAAUCAAGAACUGGUACUGCGAAGAUGAUUGCGUGGAAACCUGCCCUUGCUUCAAGCGAGGGUUCCCGUAUUGUGACAGAAAGAGGCGAGCAAUGACGAUCCUAGCUUACGCCGGAAAGGAUCUGAGCCACUGGUUUAAAGGAGAUGAAUGGAUUCAGUACACCCACCCGAUUGUGGGCUGUACAACGGCUUACCAGCGCCACGGUCACAGCCACCAGCAGCCGGUUGUACCGUCGACACGCUGGCGUCCCCUCACCAAGCCAUGGUGGCAAGACGAAAGCCUUGUAGUCGGAAAAGUUACGGCCAAAACUAGACCGAUACGGAUCACUAACUCUUUGACUGGUUCUACAGUGACCCUUGAGGUUUGCUCGGAGGAAACAAUCUAUCAGAUAAUGAUGCGUUAUCUCCGUCACAACUCUCACAUGAUGUCUUACACUUGGCGUUACCUCGGACGAUCCAUAAAAUACAACAAAACUUUAUCCGAGAACGGCAUACCAGACGAAAGGGAGAAAUUUAGUAACGUGGCUCUGCCUGAAAACUUUUAUAUUCCUGCCCUUAUGAUUUACUAUGACGAUGAUUUAACUGAAGAUCCUCCGAAAGACUUCUUUAGAAAUGAACGUCAUGACGAAAACUGUAAAUGCAAAGAUAAAGAUUGCUCACAAGCGUUUGAGCUGUGCAAUCAGUGAUGUGAAUAAUGUGAACACAUCGGAACGUAGCGACUGUUUUCAUUUAUACUUCUAUUUUUCAGUGUUUAUUGACAUAGUUCGUUUAACUUAAAAAAUGUCAUUUUUCUGGAUUUUUACAAUUAUUGAUGAUUAUUAAAAAUUACCUUUUUACUUUUUUUUAAUGCAUUGGAUGAAUUAUAAUUUCAAAACUGAGAAAUGUUUGAGUGAAGUGUACUACUUUCCACUCACUUGCUUUGUCUUGACAUUUGUAACUCACAAAUUAAUUAUGAUUUAAGGUAUAUAGGUUUUUACACAUA